AUGGCCAUGCUAGAAACCUCCGAAGAGGAAGUUGAAGCGAUCCUAAUCAAUUUAAAUUCAGACAGUGCCACAGGAUGGGAUGAUAUCCCUACAAAGCUUCUGAAAUCGCUAAAAGCAAUAGUAGUUCCUGUUAUGACCCAUAUCACAAACUCCUGCAUUGAAACAGGUGUAUUCCCUGAAGUAUUCAAGAUAUCAGUCAUCCAUCCAAUUUACAAAGCAGGAAAUAGAAACUGUGUCAGUAAUUAUCGCCCUAUAUCUGUAUUGCCAGCUCUGUCUAAGAUAGUAGAGAAAAUUUUGAACAAAAGAUUAAUAUUGUACCUUGAAAAAGAAAAUAUUCUGUCAAACAAUCAAUUUGGCUUUAGAACGGGCAGAUAUACAGCAGAUGCGGUACUGGAACUUACAGAAUAUGUUGCCACUCACAUUGACAAGCAAUAUCGAUGUGUCGGAGUGUUUUUGGACCUUGCAAAAGCAUUCGACACAGUUUCUAUCUCUAUUUUGCUAAGCAAGAUGGAACAAGUUGGUAUCAGAGGGACGUCACUGAAAAUAUUUAAAGACUAUCUAAAAAGUAGGAAACAAAGGGUAAAAUUGGCAAAUGACUACAGUGAUGAUGCUGUGUGUUGUGAGUAUGGAGUGCCGCAGGGUAGCGUCUUGGGUCCAACACUUUUCUUAUUGUAUAUCAACAACUUGUGUGAUUUAGAUAUAAAAAGCGGAAGAUUAUUCACCUUUGCGGAUGAUACAUCUAUUGUUUUUCACGGUAGAACUUGGGAUGAAGCAAAGUUAAAUACCGAAACUGGCUUAAAUAAAAUAGCAAAAUGGCUUAGUUAUAACCUAUUAACUCUUAAUACUACUAAAACGAAAUUCAUUCUCUUUAGAAAUACAGUACGAUCUCUACCAAUUGGAAAUGAUUUCGGGAUUCAACUACACACCUGCCAAUACAAUGUACAAAAUGAAUGUAACUGCACCUUUCUAGAUAGAACCAGAAUAGUUAAAUACCUGGGGGUGCUCCUAGACGAAAGAUUAACAUGGGUCCCACACAUUAACUUGCUGGCGGGGAGAAUAAGGAGACUCAUAUGUAUUUUUAGGAAGCUGAGGCACGUAGCGGAUCACAAACUAAUAAAAAAUGUAUACACAGCACUGGCUGAGUCUAUCUUGAGUUAUUGUAUCUCUUCUUGGGGUGGUGCCCGAAAGACUCAUCUGAUAGAAGUAGAAAGAGCACAACGUACCUUACUUAAAGUCAUUAAAUUUAAACCAUUCAGGUACCCUACGGUCGAUCUUUAUUCAGAAUGCGACGUCCUAACAGUCAGACAAAUAUACAUUAAAAAUAUAAUAAUCUACCAACAUAAAAAAAUAAUUUAUGAUGAUGCCAUCACAAAUAGACGAACACAUAGAGUCUGUCCCACCACUCAAGCAAAAACAAGCUACUUACAAAAAUUUCAAUGUUAUACAGGCCCCAUGUUGUACAAUAGACUGAAUAAAAUUCUUAAUAUUUAUCCCCUUAAUAUCUAUGAAUGUAAAAUAAAACUGGUUGAAUGGCUAAAAACACAGAAAUAUAAUGAAAUAGAAAAUUUGUUUACUAAUGUAAAAUAA